AUGUUGGCUGCCUUCUUGGCAGACAAGACAUGCAACAACUACAUGCAGAAGAUUCGGGAGAUCUCCACCGAAACGAAAACGGAGGAUGAAAAGGCUUCGGGAUUUGUGACACAAUGGGAGAUUGCCGCCAAAGAGAACCUUCCGGUCGACAGCCCGCUCUUGCAGAAGUUGUUGGACGGUCUCAAGUUCGACUACGAUUGGAACGAAGCGGUGCCCAGAGAAAAGGUUUUCAAGGAGGCCGGUGAAAAGCGAUUCUUCUAUGAGAAGAAUGCCAUGACAACCGAGAAGACCUCCUUCAGCUCCAAGUCCGGUAUCUCCGCAGCAGGAGAUCUCGGCAAGAAGAAGGCGGACUCCUUCUUGAACGACAAGGACACAAGCACCGCCGACCCCGCCGCCAAGGUGAAGAUCGAGUUCCCCUUGCAUGUGGAGUUGGUCUCGAGCGUGAAAGUGCUGAAGAGCGGCAAGCAGAAGAUCCAGAAGGAGCUCAACACAGGCAAGGACUUGUGCCAGAAGCUUGCCACCGGCGGCGGCUACGACACGACCGAUCUGGCCAAUGCGAUUGACACCUUCGACAACUACCUCGCUACCCUGAGGCAGCGGAUCGCAACUGCCGAGGAGGUCCAACCUCCUGAUGUUACCAAGGAAGUGGUGGCUGAGCUAAAGGCAGAAAUCGAUAUCGCCGACACACAUCUGGAUGCCUUUAAGAGGGCCAUGACUAAGGAGUCUGAGCUUCAAAGGCAUGCUCGGGCUGCAGCUGACAUGGGGAUCGAUCGUGAAAGCCUCACCGGGCUCGGGAUUUGGGGCGAUGGUGUUCCCAUGACCCGAAACAGAAACCAGAGCUUGGAGAUGCUCAGCUUCAACAUCCUCACAUGUCAGCUUCGCAGCACAAUGCGAAUUCCAGUUUUCGUCAUUCAGAAACAUUGGCUAGCCCGUGGGGGAUCUACAUGGGAUGCUGUCAUGGAUGUGCUUCGGUGGUCUUUGACAUGUGCAACUUCUGGUCAAAUGCCAAAGUACGAUCACACAGGUCUGCAGCCGCUUAAGGAACCAUGGAGAAAACAAAGGGCAUUGAUCCAUACGCCUCGAAGUGUUUUGCUGGAAAUACGAGGCGACUGGGCUUUUUUCAAGCAGGUGCUGAACGAAGCCUCUGGUUGUUGUUGGAUGUGCGACAUUAAGCCUGAAGAUAUCCGAGAGGUUUCAGGUGAAGCUGCUUGGAUGCAGCCAGAGCACAGGAAGACUCCGUGGCAGGCACUCAUGGCUGCUCCUAGCAUCAGUCCCAUUUUCGCAGCACCGUAUGUUGGAACUGAGUGCAUCCAAAUGGAUUGGUUGCAUGUGGUGGACAUAGGAAUUGCUUUGCAGUUCCUGGGAUCCAUAAUGAAGUACUUCUGCUCGAAGUUUGAAGGGACGUUUGACGAGCAGGUUCGAGAAAUGUUCCGCUGCAUUUUGGAGUUCUAUGAUGUCCAGGCCGUGGAAUAUAGGUUGGAUCAUCUAAAGCCUUCAAUGAUCAAGGAUCCUAAGAAGAAGUUCCCCAAGCUUAGAGCAAAAGCUGGGGAAUCGCGAUGCCUGGUGCCUUGGGCUGCACAGAUGGCUGAUGCUCUUAGGGAUGCUGGCAAUGAGGUGGAACAGACCAUGUACAAGUGUGCCUGGCAUUUCAACAAAUGCUAUGAGCAACUGAGUAGCAGAACGUUCGAUGCUGCUGUUUUGGCCGAGCAUGGAGUUGCAUUCGCAAAUCUCUAUGUCGCUCUGCAUGAGCACUUCACGGUGCAAGGAGUCUGCCUCUUCAAGGUGACUCCUAAACUGCAUCUCUUUUGCGAAAUCAGCUAUCGAGGCCGGGAUUGCCCCAGUGUGCACUGGUCAUACCGAGAUGAGGAUUGGGGCGGGAAGAUGGCUAUUCUUGCAGCCAGCAAAGGAGGAGCCAACACCCCGAAUGCCUUGGCCAAUGCUUUCUUUUCUCGUUUCACCUCGGGGCAUAAAGUGCCUGUGCUUUGA